CCCCUGGGUGGCAGUAACGUGUCAGACAGCCUCGUUUUAGACUGCACAAAGAAAAGUCACUGGUUUGUUUACACUUGUUGCAAUGGCGAACAUCACCGAACUGAAAUGUGCGGUCCGAGACACCCUGGAGUCCCGCGGGGUGCUGGGCCAGCUGAAAGCUCGCAUCCAGGCAGAGGUGUUCGGUGCCCUGGAUGACCAGCGAGAGCAGCGUCCGCCGUUGUCCCACGAAAACCUGCUCAUCAACGAACUUAUCCGGGAAUACCUGGAGUUCAACAAGUACCGAUACACGGCAUCAGUACUGAUAUCCGAGUCAGGCCAACCCCAAGUUCCACUGGAUAGACCGUUUCUGGCGAGCGAGCUGGGAGUCGCAGAGGAUAUGAGCUCCAAGUCUGUGCCGCUCCUGUACGGUUUGGUGUCACACUUCCGGAAUAGUGGCGAUGACAGGAGGAAGGUGUUCCUAAGGGGCACCGCUCCCCCCGGUCCCGUCAGCAAGACAGGACAUAAAGCCGACAGCUAGGACAUGCUAUUGCAUUGAGGUAAUGAUGCGCCGUGGACCACAAAUGUGCCGAUGGAUGAAAAACACAAACUCAAUGACACCUCUUUUAGGAGUUUUUUUGUUUGGAUGUCCUGGUCAUACAAAAUGGAUUUAUCUAUUUUUUAUUCCAAAGUCUUACAUUAUUAGCAUUUUAUGUUGUUUUUUUAACACUUAUGUUGAUGUUUUCUUGUUAUAUUCGUUCAGAUAUUUAAAUAAAUAUUUUCUUAAAUAUUUUGAUGUGCUGUUUUUACUAAUUACCACUAGGUGGCUGUGUUUCCUUAGAGAAGACUGCCUAGAUUAGGUGUUGCCAAACUUUUACAGGUCAAGACCCAAAUUGGAUAUUUACAACAUAAACUUAGUCUUGCCGUAACAUUCAUAUUUCGCUUAAUGAUCAUACAAACAGCAGAUUGUAUUGCCACAAACAUAAAUC